AUGGCGUCUUUGCCGGUUCGUCAGCGAGAAGAAGGAGAGGCGAGGGUUGGUGAGGAUGGCUUCAAGGUGUUUGGCGGCGAGAUGAAGAAGGACUUUUUGUUUGCUCCCGAGUGGACAAACCUCAACCACGGCUCGUACGGCACCAUCCCCAGAGCCAUCCAAGCGAAACAUCGCAGCUACCAAGACGACAUCGAGGCCCGGCCCGACCCCUUCAUCCGCUUCGAGCACGCCCGCCUGACGGACGAAUCCCGCGCGGCCGUGGCCUCCGUGGUCAACGCGCCCGUCGAGGCCGUCGUGUUCGUGAACAACGCGACCGAGGGCGUCAACACGGUCUUCCGCAACAUCAAGUGGGACGCCGACGGCAAGGACGUGGCGCUCUACUUCUCGACCGUGUACGAGUCGUGCGGGAAAGUGAUUGACUUCUUGUACGACUACCACGGCGAGGGCCGGCUGUCGAGCCGGGAGAUUGAGAUUGCGUAUCCGAUCGAGGACGACGAGAUCCUGCGGCGCUUCCGGGAGACGGUGAAGCGGGUCGAGGGCGAGGGCAAGCGCGCCAAGAUCUGCAUCUUCGACGUGGUGUCGUCGCGGCCGGGCGUCGUGUUUCCGUGGGAGCGCAUGGUGGCGGCGUGUCGCGAGCUGGGGGUGCUGAGCCUCGUGGACGGCGCGCAGGGCAUCGGCAUGGUGAGGCUGGAUCUCGGGGCGGCGGACCCGGACUUCUUCGUGAGCAACUGCCACAAGUGGCUGUUCACGCCGAGGGGGUGCGCGGUGUUUUACGUGCCCGUGCGGAACCAGCAUCUGCUGCCGUCGACGCUGGCGACGAGCCACGGGUAUGCUUCGCUGACGGGCAAGAGGAGCGGGCCGCCGGCGAAGCAGGACGCGGCCAAGAGCUUCUUUGUGAACAACUUUGAGUUUACGGGGACGAGGGACUACUCGCCGAGUUUCUGUGUCAAGGACGCGGUUGCGUAUCGGAGGGAUGUGCUGGGUGGGGAGGAGAGGAUCCUGGCGUAUCUGUGGGACCUGAACAAGAAGGGGAGCAGGCUCGUUGCGGAGAGGCUGGGGACGGAGGUGCUGGAGAACAGCAAGGGGACGUUGACGAACUGCGCCAUGGCGAACAUUGCGCUGCCUCUGUGGAGGGGGGAGAAGGGGGCUGAUGAGGGCAAGGAGGGGGAUGUCGUUGUGGCGGCUGAGGACGGGGACCGGGUGGUUGUGUGGAUGAUGAGCACGAUGGCGAGGGACUAUAACACGAUUGUGCCCAUGUUUUGGCUGGGGAGGAGGUUUUGGGUGAGGAUGAGUGCGCAGGUUUACUUGGAUCUGGGGGAUUAUGAGUAUGGGGCGGAGACGUUGGGGAAGUUGGUGGAGAGGGUUGGGAAGGGGGAGUAUAAGAGUGCUGGGGAUGGUUGA